UUCAAAUUUUAAGAACAGCUGUAAGCUUUCAUUGCUGAUCUCAUGAUAAUGCUAGUUCCCUGGCUGCUAUGCUGACCCCUCGUGUUCAGUAUUGAGAAGUUGUGAUUUUAAUCAGCUGCAAGCAUGUUUAAAGUGUUACUAAACUCAGGAGCCUGCAUUCACUAUAUCUGGUCGUUUCCCACAGUACACAGAACAUGGAAAUGCAAUUAUUUUAGUAAAUAUAAACUGCUAAAUAUCCUUUCUCAUCAGCAGUUAGAGCAGUCUUGUGACUUCUAUCAGUGUCCAGCCGAGCACCGGUUAAAGCUUGUA